GUCUCCGUCUCUUGCUCUUCUGUUUCUUCUUCACGCUUCAAACCAACCAACCCUCACGCUGCGUUCAACAGCCGAACAAUGAUCACCACCUCCAAAAGUUUCUCUGUCCUUUCCUAAUUCUUCUCGCGGAUCCGCGAUUUUUUUUGUUUUGUUUCUUGUUCUCGGGAGAUCUGAUCGGAUGGCGAGGAGCAGAUCAUCAUCAUCUUCUUCUUCCAAGUGGAGAUAUUGUAAUCCUUCUUAUUAUCUGAAGCGACCGAAACGUCUAGCUUUGCUUUUGAUUGUCUUCGUUUCUGCAACUUUAGUUGUUUGGGAUCGCCAGACUCUUGUUAGAGAGCACGAGGUUGAAGUUUCAAAGUUAAGUGAAGAAGUUACACGAUUGCAAAAUAUGCUGGAAGAGUUAAAGGAUAGUAAUGGCAAUGCAAUUAGAAAAAUUGAGAAUAAUGGAAAACAUGGUAAGAUUCCAGGUAACAAGGUUUUUGAAGAUGAUCCUACUGAUAUUCAGCGAAGAGAGAAAGUAAAAGAAGCUAUGAUUCAUGCAUGGAGUUCAUAUGAGAAGUAUGCAUGGGGUCAGGAUGAACUUCAGCUUCAUAAUUACUAUCAUACCUCCAACUCAUCUCAGUGGAAACCAGUUUCACAUCCAGCACAGCCUGGCUUCUCUUGGGUUGCAAACUCAUUGGACUUUAACAAGGAUUAUGAAGCUAGUGUUUUUGAGACAACCAUAAGAGUUGUAGGUGGACUUCUUAGUGCAUAUGAUCUGUCAGAAGACAAAGUUUUCCUAGAGAAGGCUAGAGAUAUUGCAGAUAGAUUGCUGCCUGCAUGGAAUACUCAUUCAGGAAUUCCUUAUAACAUUAUUAACUUGGCUCGUGGAAAUCCGCAUAACCCUUCAUGGACUGGAGGUGAUAGCAUUCUAGCAGACUCUGGCACAGAACAGGUGGAAUUUAUUGCUCUUUCACAAAGGACAGGAGACCCAAAGUAUCAGCAGAAGGCAGAGAGGGUUAUAGAGGAGCUUAAUAAAACCUUCCCUGCUGAUGGUUUGCUACCCAUCUAUAUUAAUCCUGAAAGAGGGGCUAGAUCAUACUCGACCAUAACCUUUGGUGCCAUGGGUGAUAGCUUUUAUGAAUAUUUACUCAAAGUUUGGAUACAAGGGAACAAAACUUCAGCGGUUAGACCUUAUAGGGAUAUGUGGGAGACAUCAAUGAAAGGUCUAUUAACCAUGAUCAGGAGAACAACGCCAUCAUCUUUUGCAUACAUUUGUGAGAAAAAUGGGGAGUCACUGACAGAUAAGAUGGAUGAAUUAGCAUGCUUUGCUCCUGGAAUGCUGGCUUUAGGAUCAUUUGGUUAUGGGCCUGGUGAAUCUGAGAAAUUUCUUUCGCUUGCAGAAGAGCUUGCUUGGACGUGUUAUAACUUCUACCAAUCAACACCAACAAAAUUGGCGGGAGAGAAUUAUUUCUUUCAUUCCGGGGAGGACAUGACUGUAGGUACAUCAUGGAACAUAUUGAGACCAGAGACAGUUGAAUCACUUUUUUACCUGUGGCGUUUAACUGGGAAUAAGACAUACAAAGAGUGGGGUUGGAAUAUCUUUCAGGCAUUCGAAAAGAACUCCCGCGUGGAGUCUGGAUAUGUUGGAUUGAAAGAUGUUAAUACUGGAGUCAAAGACAACAUGAUGCAAAGCUUCUUUCUUGCAGAGACAUUAAAAUAUCUGUAUCUCCUUUUCUCACCCCCUACAGUGAUCCCAUUAGACGAGUGGGUUUUUAAUACAGAAGCCCACCCAAUUAGAAUUGUGACCCGGAAUGAUGGAGAAAGAUCUGUACAUUCGAACAUGCAACAUAAACCACCAAAUGUGAGGUUACCUGGCAGGAAGGAAGGUCGGCAUGGAGAUGAUUAGGAUUCAGUUCCUGUUAAAUGUUUUUUGGCUGAAUACAAUUAAUGAUUACACUCACAUUAAUGAAGAGUCAAAGAAUUAGAAGUUAUCAUUUUUGAAACAGAUUGAGAGCCAGAGGAGUCUGCCGUUCUUUUUCUGCAAAUAAUAUUUCACAACAGACUUCCUUUGCUCCCGCAGGUAGAAAAU